CACACAAAUGCAAUAGUCAUACACAAAUAUCCCCCAUCACUUUCCUCUUUACGAUUCAAAUACACAGAAACCCUAAAUUUUGAGCAUUAACCUUGAUAAACAGUCGCAACAAUCAACCCCCUCCCCCUGCUCUAUACCUUGAUAAACAAUCGGCGGAAUGGUGGUCAUGGUCGGAUGCUGCCGGUGGUGGAGCGGAGGAGAUUGAUGGCGAUAACUGUGGCGGCCUUUGAAGAGAUUAGAGGUGGUGAUCCGAUGGGCGUGUGUGAAGGUGUUUGCUGGCGGCUGUUGGUGGUGUACGGAUACCUAAGUAACACAAGAGGUUCCGGUUUCAGAACUUGUUUUCUACCAUCGCACACCAGCCUCAAUGCUCGAGCCGUCGUCCCUUGAACCAACGUCUGAUGUCGUUUUUACAGACUUUUCUGUGAUUAAGUUACCCCGUCCAGAUCCAAGUACCAACCAGAACUUGAGAUUUUAAAUUUAUAGAACAUGAAGACCAAUCUAACUACAACCGGGAUAGUUCGUUCUUGGGUAAUUUUCAGUCCAGUUUUUGGUUCGGAAUGUAAGUAAAAGAGUGAGAGGACCAACGCGUAUGAAAUAAAGAAAAGUCUAAGUGUAAAAAACAAGGCGAAUCGGGCAAAGAAGAAGAUGGUUCAAGUAAGGGGUAAAAAAAAGUUAUGCUCGAGUCCGUGAAGAGCUAAAGGUGAUUGUAUGAGAUAGUGCAAUUGUUAAUGUAGCAUGUCAAUAUCCAUUGUUAAUACUUAUUUUCUUUUUAUUCAAACAUGCAUCUAAGGGACAAGAUCCAAGUCGAUUGGAAAUCUUUCGUGCAUGUUUCUCCAAAGAUGGAACUACCAAAAAUUUGGAAGCUUCAAAUGCAAUUGCACAGAUGCAACAACUUAGUUCUAAUCUUCCCGAGGGCUCGAUCGAGAAGCCUGGACCAGAUGAUGUUUUUUUCUAAAGUAAUGGGUAGCGAUCGAAAUGGUGAUGAGGUUAUGUAUGGCCUGGGUGUUCGUGUUGCUGAUGUUUGGGGUGUAAUACCAAGUUGUUCGGCAUGUCAUAGAGAAAACAUCCAAUUGAAGUCUCAAUGUGAAGAACUUACUAGUACUGUGGUCCAGUUACAAGCCCAAGUAUCAGAGAUGGAAGGGUCGAGGGGUAGUUCCAGUGUUCAACCUCUUACAUCACAACAUUUCCCCAAUGUAACCAAUGGACAUCAACGUUUACGGGUCGGAGAUAAAGUUUUCCUCAAAAGCAUUCUAAACUCUACCGAGACUAUAGCAAGCGGAAGGGUCCAGAGCUUGGACCCAAAUGAUCUAGUUGGUGGUACAGAGAUUGGACCAGAAUGGUGUGAGGUAAACGUUCAAGUACCAAUAAAAAAAGAUGAAAACUUGGUAAGACCAUAUGGUUUAUUUUCUACAAUUCAAGAUUGUAUUGGUGCAUCCAUCGCAUGGCUUUAUCCAUUCAUCUUGGUAGUCCAUGAGGAUUGAGGACGCAUGAUGACUCAAGAUUUCUAUGCUUCUUAUUUCUUUAAUUGCUUUUAAUUUCUUUGUUAGAUGUUAAGACUUUAUGUUAGAUAUUGUUAUAACUUAUUUAUGAUUAGUGUUUUUGUUA